UCGCUUUUUAAUGACGUAAUUUUUGUCUUGUUGGAAGGUAAUUUCUUCAGGAAAAGAAAGUUCGUUCGACAAGACUGGUGAGGCUGGUAGAUUGACUGCCCUUACAGCUACUCCGACUGUCUAUUAAGAUGUCCUCUGAUGAAGACUUCAAUAUGGAAACCACAGACCUCUUGUCACUACUUUUUGAAGAUGGACACGCAGAAGAUGAUGCCUUUGCUGAUGGAACCAGACUUAUGCAGGAAUGGGGUCUUUCAGAACAAGAUAUGCUAAAUGAUAAUGAAACUGAAGAGUUUCUAAACUCCAUUUUGGGCCCUUUUGAAGAGGAUAUGACACCAGUGCACUCUUGGUCACCUUUGGGUAGUGACAGUGGGAUAUCGGAGGACAACAAUAACUGCCAUAGCCCAUCAAGCAGUGAUAUCACCCUGUCACCUAACGUGAAAUUCCCUGAUCAGGCUGACAGCCCUGAAUUUCAGACUGCCUAUGUAUAUGAUAUAAUACAGAGUGACCAUAACUACUCCCUCCAGGAGGGGGCUGAAGAUAAUGACUGCAUUCUGCACAGUGUGAGAACUGAGGAGCCCGAGAUAGAUGUCUCCAUUGACUUGGAAGACUGGAAUCCAGAAGAUAUAGCUGAAGAUCAGUUUUCUGAUAACCCAGUCACUCUUUCUAUAGAAGAUGUUGCACAUUCUGGUGGGUCAUAUCAGUUUAAGGAGCUGAUUUUGACAGAGGAGGAAAAAAGAAUUUUGGCAAAGGAAGGCGGAGUAUUACCAAGUCACAUGCCGCUCACAAAGGUUGAAGAGCGCCUGUUGAAAAGAGUAAGACGAAAGAUUCGCAACAAGCAGUCUGCGCAGGAAAGUCGUAAAAAGAAGAAACAGUAUGUUGAUGGCCUUGAGAGCAGAGUAACUGCUUGCACAAUUCAAAACCAGGAACUACAGAAGAAAGUCCAACAGCUACAGAAACAAAAUAUGACACUGAUUGAACAGCUCCGCAAACUUCAGGCAUUGGUGAAGCAGACCACCAUGAAAACGACGACGGCCAGCACUUGUAUAAUGGUAUUCCUGCUGUCAUUUUGCCUGAUUGUUUUUCCAAGUGUGAACCCCUUUGGUACAACCAACAUUCAGAAGGGACUCUAUACAACUUCAGGAGGUAAGGAGAGGCUUGCAUCACAUUUUCUGACUCAACUUUUACUAUUUGACACAUUAUGGAAUCCCACUUCCUAUCCUUAUUGAUAAGGAUACAUUUUAUUUAUACUCUAUAGCGCCUUUCCCAUGCUCAAGGCGCUCAGUGUAUUCAUUUCAUUUGUAAACCUUAAUCAGUCCACUGUAUUAACCUGGAGUACAAGAAGUGCCCUAGUUAGCCGUCGUCACUCGAGUAUUCAAAAUCAGGUUGCAACCUGCUCUCCAUUAAUCCAGGAUAUGAUGCAGUAGGCCAGAUUAGUCUGAUGAAUGAAGUGUAAAUAUGUCCCAACACUAAAAUGCAGCACUACUUAAUUGGGCUCCUUUAGACUUGCAGACAGCGUUUAUGGACUCCAGUGACAUACUGCAUGAUAGGACUUUAUGAAUUAUAGCCGUUCUUAAGUUUCCACUGUGACAUGGGUGGUA